AUGGGUACCUUCUUUACAAGCUGGGAGCUUUGGCAAGAGAUGACCUUUGUUCUCGGCUGUUGUAUCAUUCUUGUCUUUGUCGCUGGACUUAUCAAGCUAUGGUGGUCCAACCGCGUAAUGCGCCGUCACGAAAUCAUCGACGAGGAGAAGCGGGCAAGACUAUCGCUAAUGUCAUACUGUGGUAUCCAAAACAUGCGAUCCCCCGGUAUCCCCUUCGGUAUUCGUGCGAUCCAGAGUGGCAUUGAGGUGGAAGGUAUCUGGAUCUCACGAUCUAAAUCGCCCGAGUCCUGCCAAGUCACACCCUCAGCUACAUUAGUCGGGCGCUGUAUCAGACUAUCAAAAGGAAAAGGAAAGAUGAUUGACCUUGUGUCAUCAGAAUAUCUACCGUCGACACUCAACUUGGAGACCACGCCUCAUCGCCAAGCAGCCUUGGACGUUUUACAACAAGAUGACAUCACUCCAAUAAACGGAUAUGCCAGACCAGAACCGCCCACCAAGCCAAGACGUCUAAAUGCCAACAAAGAUCAGAACCUCGACUCGAAUUAA